AUGGCGCCCUUUGAAGCACUUUAUGGAUGUCCCUGGAGAUCACUUGUUUGUUGGGUUAAAGUAGGGGCUUCACCUAUGCUUAGGCCUGAGUUGGUCUAUGAAACCACUGAGAAAGUAGUUCUUAUUCAGAAGACAUUAGUUACAGCUCAAAGCUAUCAGAAAAGCUAUGCUGAUCAGAGACGAAGGCUAUUGUCCUUUGAAGUAGGGCACCAUGUGUUUCUAAAAAUCUCACUUGGGAGGGGGUUGAUGAGGUUUGGUAGAAGCGAAAAAUUAUCUCCUCGAUUUAUUGGCCCUUUUGACAUCAUGGAGUGGAUAGAAGAAGUUACGAAUCGUCUUGCCUUAACACCACAACUCUUAGGAGUGCACAACGUAUUUCAUGUGUCAAUGCUUCGUAAAUAUGAACCCGACCCUUCUCAUUUCUUAGAUUGGACGGAUAUUGAAGUUGAUGACGAUGCAUCUUUUGAGGAAAAAUCGAUUCAAGUCUUAGACACCUAG